CACUGCCACUGCAUUCACUCUGUGGCCAGGGUCCCAUAACUUUGCGCCGGAUGUGGACGCUUUUCUGUUUGCUAAUUUUUUGUGUCUCAUGUACCGCGUCGUCAGGCGAUAGAUCUCUUGAGUUUCAAAGGUGCCUCUCAGGGUGUCGCGUUGCUGAGUGUCAUCCUGGGGAGUUUCCGCUCGCGCUGCGCCUCACUUUAUGGACGUGUUCCGAUAACUGCGCGUAUCUAUGCACCCAUGCUGUUACCGAUGAGGCAGAAGAACGAAUACGCCUCAAUGGUAGUUCGGCUGCCAGAAUUCAGCAGUUCUAUGGAAAGUGGGCGUUCUGGAGGUUUCUUGGGAUGCAGGAACCGGCGUCCGUGAUAUUUUCGCUUCUGAAUCUCUGGGCGCAUGUGAAUGGCUACCGCCUGCUACGUCAUAAAAUGCCCAGCAAGCACCCUAUGAGAAAGCUCUACUUAUGGUGGUCGUGCAUCAAUGCCAAUGUUUGGAUCUGGUCGAGCGUGUUUCAUAUACGAGAUAAACCUACCAGCGAGAAGCUUGACUACUUUUCGGCUGGUCUAGCUAUCCUAUUUUCCCUCUUCGUGGCUCUUGUGCGAGUACUUCAUCUGUAUAGGCCCCCUAUUCGCAAGCACGCACAUGGAUUCCCCCCUAGGGCACCGCCAUAUCGUGGGCUUGCCAUCAUUUUCUCUGUGCUUUACAUUUGCCAUGUAUCGUAUCUUUCCCUUGCUCCUCGCUUCGAUUAUGGGUACAACAUUGUCGUAAAUGUCGUUGUUGGCAUGGUGCACAACUUCCUUUGGGUCCUUUUCAGUGUCCCGUUUACUCCCUUCCAGCGAUAUCCAUCACGGCCAAAUUCCCGCGGGUUUAAGCCAUAUCCGCAUUCACUUUACGGCACACAGAAAAGUGGAAAAUGGAGAGGUACACCCGCGAUCAUUGCCCUUCUCACGACCCUCGCUACGUCCCUUGAAUUAUUCGACUUUCCCCCUUGGCGACGAGUGAUCGAUGCACAUUCGCUCUGGCACCUUGCCACAGCUCCCAUCGCCGUCCUAUGGUACCGCUUUCUGGUCCAGGACUCGCUGGAUGAUGGAUGGGCGGAAUCCAAUAUUGAAUUUACAAGCAACUGAACAGGGCGCUGGUGGAAAGUCCCUGAUAUGGAAACACUUUGUCGUCUAGCCAUCUGCCUUGCAAUAAUUUAUCCGCAGAAAAAAAAUCGUACCAUUCCUGUCCUCUUACUUUUCUAUUUUGACCAAGCCCCCUGAUGGCUCGAUCUCGAUCUCGAUCUUGGGCAUGUAAUCUGCAUGUACCAAGGCAUACUCCGAUUCCCCUCUAUCCUGGGCACUUAUCGCCGGCGAGAGCAACACGCCCCGCUCUUUGGAAGAACUCGCCGUUCCGACGGUAUUUUUCCGUCUUGUUACCCGGGCGCUCGGAC